CUCUAUUCUUGUUUCUAUUCCAUUUUACUCUGACAGACCCCAUGACUGCUCUAAUAACCUAAUUUCCCCACAGGGACCAUUAUGGUUUCAUGUUAUCUUCUCACCUCUCUGGAAGCUGCCCUGCUGGCUGGGGGGUCGUAACUAAGACUUCUCCAAAAGGCCAGGGAAAGCCCUGGAGAUAGGGACGCCAAUAGUUUGUAGGUUGGAGUGGUCUAACACUAUGUAUAGCUUUGAAAACAGAGAAGACGGCAUCAGGGCUUGAAGAGACAGGGAAACCUUUGCCCCAGGGGCUGUGGAGGGAGCAAGCUUUGAACACCAGGCAGAGCUCAGCGAAGAGAACCCAUUCUUCAUUAAGGUGCAGCAACAGAUCUCAGAUCUCCUAUCGCCAGAUCUACCAGAGGCUGGAUUACAGGUUGCAAAGUGAGGCUACACAAAGUGUGGAAAACAGCACUAUGGGCAGGAACGACGACAACUUGGGUCCCUGGAUAGAUGGUGAUGACGCCAAAUCAGACCUGCACACUGGCAGAAAGACUCAAAGCUUCAACCAGUGCAACCCCCACACCUUCCCGGAGAUUGGUAACUCUCACUCAACCCAACCUGAUGACAACUUGCUCCAACUUGAAACCGCUUGCCAUGGUGACAAUACUGUCAACGAGGAUGAUAACGGAGUAGAAGAGAGUUACAGGGGGAAAACCUGUGAGGAUGAUGAUGAAGAGGGCCACCUGGUCUAUCACGUCGGCCUCGUGCUGAAAGAAAGAUAUGAAGUGGUAUCUACACUGGGAACAGGAGCCUUUGGAAACGUGGUGGAGUGUAUCGAUAGAGACAAAGCUGAGCAUGUGGCCGUGAAGAUUGUAAGGAACAUCGACUGUUUCCGUGAAGUUGCAAAGUCUGAGAUCGCAGUGCUGGAGGAGAUCAACAGCCUGGAUGACAACAACAGAUUCGCCUGUGUCAGGAUGCUGGACUGGUUCGACCACGAAGGUCACAUCUGCAUCGUGUUCGAGCUGCUGGGUCUCAGCACCUUCGAGUUCCUCCGACAGAACGACUUCCUGCCGUUCAGCGUGGAACAGAUCAGACACAUGGCCUUCCAGAUCUUCAGAGCCGUCUGCUUCCUGCAUCGUAACAAGCUGACCCACACAGACCUGAAACCAGAAAACAUCCUGUUUGUCUGCUCUGACUGUGACCUGGAGUUCAACAGCGAGACGAAUUGUGAGGAGAGGAAACUGAGGUGUCUGGAUGUGAAGGUGGUGGAUUUUGGCACCGCCACAUUUGACCACGAACACCAUGAAUCCCUGGUGUCGACACGCCACUACCGAGCUCCAGAGGUCAUACUGGAUCUGGGUUGGAACCAGUCGUGUGAUGUUUGGAGCUUGGCCUGUGUUCUCAUGGAGUACUACCUUGGACAGACACUCUUUCCGACCCACGACAGUAAAGAACAUCUAGCCAUGAUGGAGAAAAUCCUGGGGCCGAUCCCCCCCCACCUGCUGAAACAAACCAGAAAGCAGCACUACGUGCACAAUGAGCAUCUGGACUGGGACGAGCAGAGCUCCUCUGCUGAUUAUAUCAGGGAACAUUGUAAACCUCUGAAGCAGUACAUGCAGAGGAAGAGUGAGGAAGAGAGGCAGCUGUUUGACCUGCUCAGCUGCAUGUUGGAGUACGACGUCUGCAGACGGAUCACCCUGGAAGAGGCGCUGUGGCACCCAUUCUUCAGCUCGCUGAGGACGUAGAAGCAGCAGUGCAGCUAGCACUAGCUCAAACACACACACACACACACACACACACACACACACACACAAAACAUCUACCUCAGCCUGUAGUUUCAGUGUCAUCAUUACUUAACUUUUUAUAGUUCUGAGUGAAAAACGUUCAGUUUAAUUUACAGUAAUAACAGUUUUGGAGAGCAUUCCUGUUUAUUUGAGAUACAUUUUUUUGUCAUCCCAUCAUGAUCCAAUAAUCCACAUUUCAUUGUAAAAAGUCAAGUGUAAGUUAGAGCAAUUCUGUGUUUUCCUUUAUUGAUUGUAAUGAAUAUUUGCCAGCAAUUUGUUGAUACAUUGUUUGUGUUUUGGUGUGUCUCAAUUCUGUUUUAUUAAAAUUCAAUGACUGUUUUACUUCUGCUUUCACACCAUCAAAGGUGAAUUGUCAAAAAUUGUGUGAAAGUAAAGGUAUUAAUGCAUUCA